AUGGAGCGGGUGGCACACUUUGGCGACGGUUUGUACCAGCUGCUCGGCGGCGACGAGUUCAUCAGCGGAAGGAAGGGAGAAUCGGCCUGUGUGGGCAUCUAUUCGGCCAACUGUCCGGAGUAUGUCAUUGCCGAGUACGGCAGCUACUGGCACUCGCUCGUCGUCGUGCCCAUCUACGAUACACUCGGUCCAAAUGCCUGCUCGUACAUCUCAAACCAAGGUAAUCACAGUGCUUACAAUAAUAAUAAUGCAGCUGCCCUACUAGAGGGUAUUUACGCGGAAAUUGAGUGCAUCAUCUGUGACAAGCUGGAGCGCAUUCAGAUAAUACUCUCACAAGCUACGGUACUCAAGUCGAUUCGCUAUCUCAUUGUCUUUGAGGACAUUCCGCAUAGUUACAAACAGAAAGCUUCUAGUCAUGGCAUGAAAGUGCUUACCAUUCAAGAGGUGGAGGCCCUUGGAAAGAGCAAACCAAUGCAGGCUCAAAAGCCAAAACCUGCCGACCUGGCUAUUGUUUGUUUUACAUCUGGCACAACUGAUGUGCCCAAAGGCGUAAUGCUCAGUCACGGAAAUGUCAUUGCUAACGUGUCGGCGGUCAUGUAUCAAAUGAUGGAGUACACCAUUCGGCAGGAUGACGUCCUCAUGUCAUAUCUGCCCUUGGCACACAUGUUUGAACGGUGCUGUGAGCCGUNGGUGGUCUUUUUUAGCGGUGACGUGAAGGUACUCUCUGAUGAUAUGAAGAUUGCCAAGCCUACUCUUCUGCCUGCCGUUCCCCGCCUGCUGACGCGCAUCUACUGCAAGAUCCAGGACAGUGUGAAGAGCAAUGUGAUCAAGAGCUUGCUGCUGAACACCGCCUACCACUUCAAGCAGAAGGAUUUUGAGCGAACAGGCAUCAUUCGCCAGGACACACUGUGGGAUCGUAUUGUCUUCAAGAAGGUCCGCGAGAACUUGGGCGGUCGGGUGCGUCUGGUGAUGAGCGGCUCGGCGCCCCUUAACCCUAAUGUCCUCGAGUUUCUGCGUUGUGCCCUGGGAGCGGUGGUCAUUGAGGGCUACGGACAGACGGAGUGCUGUGCUCCAUGUACGGUGACCUUCCCGAGGGAUGUACGAACUGGUCACGUCGGACCGCCCAUUGCAGCAGCAGCCAUUAAACUCGCCGAUGUUCCUGACAUGGGCUACUACGCUGCAGAUGGCAAGGGAGAGGUGCUGGUUCGUGGGCCGAUCGUCUUUCAGGGGUACUUUAAGGACCCAGAGAGGACGGCGGCUACGCUAGACACUGAUGGGUGGCUCCACACCGGUGAUAUUGGCCAGUGGACCGUACAGGAGACGCUGAAGAUUGUCGAUCGACGAAAAAAUAUCUUCAAGCUCUCUCAGGGCGAGUACAUUGCCCCGGAGAAGAUUGAGAACACGUACAGCCAGUGCACACUGGUGGCGCAGGUUUUUGUCUACGGAGAGUCGCUCAAGUCGACUCUGGUGGGCAUUGUCGUUCCAGACCAGGUCGUCCUUGAGAUUUGGUGCCGAAACAACAACAUCAAUGGUACCUUUAGUGAGAUGUGCCGCAACAAGGACGUAAAGAAAAUGCUGCUGAAGGAGCUGCACUGUUUGGGACAGCGUGACGGACUGAAGUCCUUUGAGCAGGUGAAAGACAUUCACAUUGACGCGGAACUCUUCACUGUGGAGAACGGACUGCUGACGCCGACGAUGAAGUCGAGGCGAGAGGAGAUCUACAAGCACUUUAAACGGCAAAUCGAUCAACUGUACUCGAAGCUUGAGUGA